ACGAAAUAGGAAAUCAGCACGCUGCAGCUGAGCCUCUGAGGGUUUCUGCGUGGUGACACUACGCUGCCACAGCAACCACUGUAGAAACAGUUCCACCGCGCCUCACGCCCGGGGACGCGAGCAGAAAAAAUAGGUAAGCGGAGAAAAACCAGGAAGCGCACGGCUUGCUGGGAGUUGUAGGCCAAACCGACUCGGAGCCGCAGUGCGCUGGAGGAGCUGUUGCAUUCUGGGAGUCGUAGGCAAGGUAGCCCCAAAGCCUUGUGGGAGUCGUAGUCCUAGAGCCACUUCCGUGUCUGGAUUCCGCGUGGUUGGAAGUUUGGACGUUUGCGCUGCGUUCCGUCCAGGGACGCCGUCCAGCAGCCUCCCCGCAGUCCAGCUUCCCGCGUCACCCGCUUCUCUCUCCCGUCCAGGAGACGCCGCCCUCCCGCUGACCCCGCGAUGCCCGCCCCGACCUGCGCCUCCUGCCGCUCGGCCCGCGCCGCCCU